ACAUAACGAUGUAAUUGAAAUUGAACCAUAUAUUUGAAACACAUUAAUCAUGUAUUUGUAGGUCACGCAUGUAUUUGAAGGAUUACUUGAUUAUAAUGUAUUCAUGACUAAAUUAUAUAUUGUGACGAUACAAUAUAUCUAUUUCACUUUUUAAUGAGAUUACGCAGUAUUAAAAAUUUAUGAAAAAAAUAGUAAUAAUUUCUAUUAUAGUGAGAUUUAUGUUGUUUAUUUUUAAAUUAACCUAAUUCGUUUAAAUUUCAAGCAUAACUAAAAUUAAUUUUUAUAAAAAAAAAAUAAAACAAUGAGUAAAAAUGAGCGGAGAGAGUGCAUCUAUCGCGUUGGAAUCGGGUACACGUAACAAGGUGGCAACAACCCCACCCUUUUUCCUCCAUUAAAUACUCCCCUCUUGCUCCCCAUUUUCCUCACUCACAUCAAUAACAAUUCUACAAAAACCCAAACACAAACCUAAAUCCAUUUCUCAUCUCUGACCAAAACAUGUCAGGAAUCAUCCACAAAAUAGAAGAGAAACUCCACAUGGGAGGAGGACACAAGGAAGGAGACAAAGAAGGUCACCAUGGGGAACACAAAAAGGAGGAACACAAGAAGAAGGAAGAACAUGGACAUGGACAUAGUGGUGAUCAGCACAAGGAAGGACUUGUUGAUAAGAUAAAGGACAAGAUCCAUGGUGAUGAAAGUGGUGAAAAGCAUCAUCACAAAGAUGGAGAAGGGAAAAAGGAGAAGAAGAAGAAGAAAGACAAGAAGGAGAAGAAGCAUGAUGGACAUGAUAGUAGCAGUAGCAGUGACAGUGAUUGAUUGAUUACAUCUUUCGAUUUCUUACUUAAUUUCCUUAACUUCUCAUCUAUGGUAUUUCAAUCUAUAGAUCUAUCUGAGGAAAAAAUAAAGUAGAAAAAAAAUGGAAAAAAGAAAAAAGAAAAUAAAAUUAUUGUGUUUUACUUCUUUUUUUGUGUGUGUCAUUUGUGCAUGUGCUCCUUUUGAUGGUUUGUUGAAUCUGUAAUCCUGCGAUGAAAAAUAACAAAAAUGAAGUUUUUAAAGUA